AUGGCCAGGACAAAGCAAACCGCCCGCAAGAGUACCGGCGGGAAGGCUCCGCGUAAGCAGCUUGCCACCAAGGCUGCUCGCAAGAGUGCACCUGCCACCGGCGGUGUCAAGAAGCCGCAUCGUUAUAGGCCGGGCACCGUGGCCCUGCGUGAAAUCCGUCGUUACCAGAAGUCGACCGAGCUGCUGAUCCGCAAGCUGCCGUUCCAGCGCCUGGUGAGGGAAAUCGCGCAGGACUUCAAGACCGACCUGCGAUUCCAGAGCUCGGCUGUGAUGGCUCUUCAGGAGGCUAGCGAGGCCUACCUGGUCGGUCUCUUCGAGGACACCAACCUGUGCGCCAUCCAUGCCAAGCGCGUUACCAUCAUGCCCAAGGACAUCCAGCUGGCCCGCCGCAUCCGUGGCGAGCGUGCCUAAGUUCGACCGCUGUCUGCACCGCGCAGCCUUGCGUCAGGCAAGCAACACAAAACGGUCCUUCUCAGGACCACCUACAUGUCUGCUUCGGCUACGGGAAUACGCGAGACCACGUACUC